AGUUGAUUGAAAUAUAAAUUAGUCUAGCCUCAUACUAUAUAUAUGAACUCCACCACCAAAAGAUAUUUCCUAAUUAGUUGUCUAUGACAUUUAAUUUUUGUGUAUUGGCUGUCUUUGAACCCCUUUGCCAAAUUUUUACAGCAUCGCAUGUGAUCCAUCAAGCACUUAAUUUUCUCUCACGAUCACCAACUGUCUGAAAUUUAACAUGGAGGGUUUAAAGAGUAAUACAUUUAAUUUUUCAGGAAGCAAAUUUUAGGCUGAUUUAGCUUGAAUUCUAUUUUGGUGGCCAGGGUCCAACUUACAACAAGGUGCCGGAUAAGAAGCUGGUGGUCGCGGGGUUGCGGCGUUGGGUAUUCUCAUCCAGGCCGUGUCAGCUUGACAACGAAUCUAGGAAAAUGAGAGGAAAGUCCGUUUCAGGAAAAGCCAUUUUUGUACUAUGUUUUGCAUGCUUUCUUGCAGGAUCACUAUUUACUAGCCGAACAUGGACUCAACCUUCUUCCACUAGAGAAUCUCAUUUUCCCAUUAUUCCUAACCAUGUCAAUAGACGAGAGGCGGUGACACAGAACUGUGAACACAAGAGGAAAUUGGUGGAGGGGAAAUCUGGAGAUGAUCUGAUUAUGGGGGAAGUAACAAAGACUCAUCAAGCCAUUAAAUCAUUGAGCAGAACGAUUUCAACACUGGAAAUGGAACUAGCAAGCCGAACAACUCAAAGGGGUGGACAAUUUUCGUUGGAAAGAGCAUCCAAUCACAGUCUACAAAAAGCCUUUGUGGUAAUCGGGAUUAAUACAGCUUUUAGCAGCAAGAAAAGAAGAGACUCUGUUCGAGAAACAUGGAUGCCUACAGGGGAUAAUCUGAAGAAACUGGAGAAGGAGAAGGGAAUAGUGAUAAGGUUCGUAAUAGGACAUAGCGCCACAAAAGGAGGUUUACUGGAUAAGGCAAUUGAUGCAGAAGAUGAGGAGCACAAGGACUUCCUCAGACUUAACCAUGUAGAAGGUUAUCACCGCCUCUCCACCAAGACCCGCUUGUAUUUCUCCACCGCUGUUUCCAUGUGGGAUGCCCAGUUUUACGUCAAGGUCGACGACGAUGUCCAUCUCAAUUUGGGUACACUAGUGAGCACUUUGGUCAAAUACCGCACCAAACCCAGAGUUUAUAUUGGAUGCAUGAAGUCUGGCCCAGUUCUAUCUCAUAAGGGUGUAAAGUACCAUGAACCAGAAUAUUGGAAAUUUGGAGAGGAAGGGAAUAAGUAUUUCAGACACGCCACAGGUCAAAUCUAUGCCAUAUCGAAGGACCUAGCUGAUUAUAUCUCUAUUAACUCGCCCAUCUUGCAUAGAUACGCUAAUGAGGACGUUUCGUUGGGCUCAUGGUUAAUCGGCCUUGAAGUUGAACACGUGGACGAACGCUCCAUGUGUUGUGGGACCCUUCCAGAUUGCGAAUGGAGGGCUCAAGCUGGGAAUGCAUGCGUGGCAUCGUUUGAUUGGCAGUGCAGUGGCAUAUGCAAAUCCGUGGAGAGGAUGAAGAAGGUGCAUAGCUCUUGUGGAGAGGGAAAAGAAGCUGUUUGGAACGUUCAUCUUUGAGAUCCAAAGAGUUAAAUUAGAAUGAUAGAAGACAGCAGAUUUUGUGUUAAUGUUUAUUAAGGUAUUUAUUGGCGACAAUAAAAGGUGAAGGAUGACUAGAUUAUUGCUAAUUAAAUCCACUAUUUUAGGUGUGUAAUACAUGCUUUUUGUACUUUAUUUUUUUAUUUUAGUAUUUUUCAAGUUUCUACAAAUUUUCUAGUAUCUGCUUUUGUUGUACUUGUAACAUUAUAUCUAUAGUGGUUCCUCGCAUUAAAUAAAAUUUGAAUACUAUAUAAAUUAUAAUUAUAUACA